CCUCUACAACAAGACAUCCAGAGAAGUUAUUGGCAUGCUGAAGGCCCACCUAGCAAUACCUGGUAUAACGGAGAUGGUGAGCGAUAAUGGGCCCCAAUUUUCCUCGGACGAGUUAAAGAAAUUUUCAGAUGAUUACGAGUUCCCCCAGUUAAAUGGCAAGGCGGAAAACUCAGUGAAGACAGUAAAACGGGUUAUGGAAAAAGCACAUGCAUAGACCCUUGCAUGGCGAUUCUAGACUUUAGAAAUGCGCACACGGAAAACGUGGAGACAUCCCCUGCUCAGCGUUUGUUUGGUCGACAAACCAAGACACUAGCACCGCCUCCAGUAGCCGAUUGUUGAAGCGAACAGCAAAAUAACACACGGUGAAACGUUUAAGGGCGGAAAAAAGAAGGCAAGCAUUCUACUAUAACAAAGAUGCCAAAUCCUUAAAGCCUUUGAAGGCAGAACAUGUUGUGUAUGUAAAAUCAAAGAAGAACACAAAGGAAUGGAUAAAAGCGAAAGUGGACGUGAAGAUGGGAAUCAGAUCGUCAAGGAAGAACACUUAGGAGGAAUCGUCGACAUCUGCGUACAGCAAAUAUUCAGGAUGUGAAAGAAACAAGAUUUGAAGAGAAUUCAGAAAUGGAUAUUGAUCCCAUGGAACAUCUAUCGACAGAAGAUAAGGAAGAAAUUAUUCGACAGUCUACUGGUCCUCAGCCUAUUUUGCUGUCUCAAAAGGAGUCGUCGACGUUAGGCAGCCACACGAAUGUUCGACAACGUGAAUCUCAAGGUCUAAUGGAAUGUGGAGAUGGUCCUCGGAAGUAUAUGUAG